GUAUGUUCAAACGACGAUUUUGCCCUGAAGAGUGGACCAGGCGCUUCCAGAAACGCCAUAUUCGCUAUGUCUAACAAAUCGGACCUGGCCAAUCAGGCUUCUGAAGCCGAGGUAAGGUCAGGGUCUUUUGACGCCAAAAAAUCAGCUUUCGCUUCUGGACCAGCCGAGGCCUGGGGCCGGCCGGAAGUGGGCCCAUUGGCCACUUUGCCGCAACCGGCGCCCAUGGGACUCGAUGAAGACGAUGACCCAAUGUCCCUUGAACAAGUGACGGCUGCCACUGCGUCAGCAACAAAAGACCCUCCGACAGCCAGUCAGUCGCUGAGGUUCACCGGAGCCAUGAGGCGGCGGUUUCUAACGUGGAGACCAUCGGACCACCGCAAUACGACUACUGUCGUCGAGGGCAAGCAGGAUGGGGUCGCAAUCACCGGCUCUGGGAGCAGCCAGACGAUAGUGGCGCCUCCUCCAGAAACGACUGUUGGCGCUGAAGGCUGGCCUUAUCGGACACCGCAGAAGAGUUGCCUUGGACUCUUUUCUGUUGAACUGUGCGAAGAAUACCUCGGCUUACCGUCUUGCGACCCCGAUAACUCCGUGCUGAGCUUUCGUCCGUCCUGUGACGGAUAUCGUCAGAGCCAGAAACCAUUAUUCACGAAAAAUCACCAAAUUGAGAAAGGGUUGCCAGCUGAGAUCCUACUUAUUUCUUAUACCUCACUUUACGACCUUAGUCACUUCGAAACCUAG